CGCAUUUACCAGUGGCCGUGGGAAAGCAUGGAGACUGCAGGCAGAUUGCUCUGCAGAGUCUCACUGCUCCUUCUGUGGCUCCAGCCCGGGCUAGGGAGGACUCGAGUGGCGCAGGCGGCUCCCCCAGGUUUCAUAGAGAGCAGCUGCCCUUCCAGGAUCUUUUGGGUGAAACUGGACAAACGCUUCCUGCAGGGAAAGUUCUUCAGUCUGGAGCUCAUGGACCCCUCUGGUGGCACAGUUCUGCUUGAUGAGAAAUUGGCUGCUCGCUGUGGCUAUGUCCUGUCAGAAGAUGUGUGGGGCAAUACUAUCUUCCGGGCUUCUGUGCUUGGCUGUCAUGUGGCAAAUAAGGCAGAUGAAUUGUUUUCUCUUACUAUAAACAUAAAGGUGUCCUCAUCUCCAGACAUGAGACAAGCUGCAACCUACACCUACCCUAUGUAUUGUACAUACACUCCAUGGGCUCCAAGAGAAAUUGUAUGUGAAGAAAACUAUAUGGAGGUGUCGGUGAAGAGUGAUGUUCCUGCAAUUUCAGACGAUGACACUGCAACGUGGAUGUCAGCUCUGCCAGAGGUUCAAAAAGUUGAAUACCAGGUAUGGCAACUGAUCUUUCUUUCUCCUUCAGGGAGAAAGAAAAUAAUGGUAAGCGACGCAGCCAAACUGGGUUACAGCUUCAAUAAUACACUGGCUCGAGUGUUCCUCCGUGCUCCAUAUUCCACUAAUGAAUCUAAACUUGCAGUGGUUAAUGGUGUGAGUAUGAACAUAGUCAGUUCCACUUCCAUGUACAAGCAGAGGUGGCUGCUUCUGUUGAUUGACACAACUGUCUCAUGUCCUAUCGAUGGCACCAGCUUCACUGAUACUGCUAUAACUUGGACUGUGCCAAGCAUUAUCCCUACACUAGUGCCUCGAGAACCCACCUUCGUGUCCAAAAACAUUUCAGUGGGAGUUGAUGGCCAAAGAAUAAUGCACCCUGAACAGACUUAUAUUCUGGAACAUAACAAGACACACAUUCAAAUGACUAUCCCCAUUGGAGCAACUGGGGGCAGAUUAAAGAGCACUGUAGCCAAUGGAGUCCAUGGCGUAAUCUAUAGCAUCAACUUAUUCUUGGAGCACACUUGGACAGAUGUAGAUUGGCAUAUGACUAAGUACACUGUGAUCAAGCCCAUCACUACACCUUUCAUGCCUCGAAUACCGACAGUCAUCAACAAUACUCUUCCAGAGAAGAGAACAUUUGAUGUUGCAUUUGGAUCUUUUCUUCCUGACGUCUCUCUGGUGACAAUCACAAUAGAAAAUGUGCCACUUUCUCCAAGAGAGGCAGAGCGUCAUGGGUACAAAGUUUAUGAAAUUACUUUCCCCAAUGGAACAAAGGGAUUUAACUUAGAAGUGCCUUUUGAUGAUCCUACUGUUCUGAAGGAGUAUGUGAAUAGAAAUGAAACAAAAUAUACCCUCCGUGUUAACUAUACUUUAGAUGUGGGUCCUGAAAUGAAACCAUAUAAUCAUCCAGCAGAAAUAGAAUGUGUGGUUGCUGAUAUUGAACUACCAGAAGCAGUUGGUUACUGUGAUAAAGAGAACCUGUAUCUAGCAGUUCCCGUUUCAGCUCUGUAUCAGUACUGGAACCUGUAUGUUGGUAACAAACUUCUGAAUCAGCAAACUGUGCUCUCAAAUAGGUAUCUCCUGACGACCAAUUCUACCCAUCUGGUGUUGCAAGUACCUCUGUUUACUAUGGGGAUUAUCUAUGAGGAAGUGUCCUUUCAGAGACUCAAAACUAGGUUUGAUCUUGCACUCAGGAAAGCAAAUACUUUGGAGACCAUAAAAAUAUUUUCUGUGAGCUGCAAUUUUAAUUCUUCAGAAUUUAUAGUGUGCUACCCUAAUGGAACUGUAACAGUAUCUGCCCCAAUGAAGACUAUUCCUUCCAUUGAUAUGGGCAAAAUAAAACUGAAAGACAGCACCUGCAAGCCCAAAGAAUUUAAUGAAGAACAAGCCUUCUUCCAGUUCCAUGUCUCCACUUGCGGCACUUCACUAAAGUUUGAAGGUGAUCACAUUAUUUAUGAAAAUGAAAUAUCUUAUGAGAAAGAGAUUCUCCCAGCAUGGGGACCACCUAAAAUCACAAGAGAUCCAGAUUAUAGAUUGACAGUCUUGUGCUAUUACCCAACAAAAGAGAGACUGAUGCAUAUUGCUAUGGUUAGCGAUCUACCUACAAAUGGAUCCCCUCGUUUUGGCUAUGGUACAAUGAUGGUGAGAUCAAGUGUUGCAGGACACAGAAGGACCAGACAAGUUCUGAAUAUAAUCACAAGGGUAUCCAAAGAUGAAUCUUUCAUGGAACUUUAUGAACCAAAUUUGACAAUAGUUAAAUCUUCCUUGGAGCCCAUGUUUUUUGAGGUAGAGCUAAAAGAUGAGGAACCCAAUGUUGAAUUACACUUGAAUAACUGCUGGAUGACUUGGUCUUCAGACUUCAAAAGCACCUCACAAUGGAACAUUACUGUGGAUGGCUGUGGGAACGAAAACAACAAAUGUGUUACAGAGUUCUAUCCAGUAUCUGUUAGUAGGAGAGUGAAACAUCCCACUCACUUUAAAAGACUGGCAGUAAGGAUGCUGAUACCUCUGCUGGGACAGGUGCACUUGCACUGCACAGUCACAGUUUGCUCUCCUCCUAAAGUAUCAUCUGGCAACAUUUGGACCUGUGGAGGCCGGUGUGACCCUAACAGGAAGAGGAUGGAUCAGCACUCUGAACCAUAUUCUGGUCUCCACGGUUAUGUAUUGGCUGGGCCAGUCUGGAUUGUUCAUCCUCAACCAACUGAGGAGAAAAACAUACACGACUAAACUAGAUGCUGACACAUAAACUUGCUGUCCACUGGACUCCUCCUGUGUCUGAUCAUAGCUGCUUUAUUAUUACUUCAUAAACUGAUUUUCAUGAAGGGUAAAGUGCAAAUCUGAAACAAUACA